CUUCGGGAGGCCGGAAGCGGCCGCGCGGCGCAUGCACCCUCCUUUCCGCUCCUGGGGCCGCCGCCGCAGCCACGGUGAGGCCGCGCUCGGGGUCCGCAUCCGCCUUGUAUCGGCGCCAUCCCGCGGCGGCGGCGCGGGGCCGCUGCUGGGCAGUGGCGGGAAGGCCUGGCCCGGGUCCCCCGCGGUGCGAUUUCCGCCAUCGGAGGCUCCGGGCACGGGUUUAUGGGGCGGGAGCAGCCGCGGGGCGCUAGGCCGCGGCGGGGUCCCGCUCCCGGACAGCCAGGCCUGGGCGCUGGGACGGCGGCGGGAGCACCGGGGGUUCCUCCUCCCCGAGCACCGGCAGCGCGGCCGUUCCCGCUCCUCGGGUCAAAGCGUCCCGUUGCCGGCGCCCAGCGCGGAGCGGCGGUAGCAGCGCGGGUCCGCGGCACGGUUGUGGGUCUCGGUGCUCUUCCAGACCCCGCUCCGAGAGGGGAGUGUGAGCGGCUUCCCCCCGUCCUGAAGCAGGUGGCUCGGGUCUGGAGCUGGAACAAGCCUCCCCCUGAGCUGCAGCUCUGCCGCGCUGUGUCUCGGCUGGUAGCAGGCAGCUCGCAGUCUGUAACGCGCUGAUGUGGCUUGGUGUGAAUGUGCAAACGUUCCGAUUGCUGCUUCCCUGCACAGGAGAACCACGGGAAGGGAUGCCCGGCAGCUCAGAUGUUGAUGCCCAAGAAGAACCGAAUUGCCAUCUAUGAGCUCCUUUUUAAGGAGGGAGUGAUGGUGGCCAAGAAAGAUGUCCACAUGCCGAAGCACCCCGAGCUCGUGGACAAGAACGUGCCCAACCUCCAUGUCAUGAAAGCCAUGCAGUCUCUGAAAUCCCGAGGUUAUGUGAAAGAGCAGUUUGCGUGGAGGCAUUUCUACUGGUACCUGACCAACGAGGGCAUCCAGUACCUGCGCGAUUACCUUCACCUGCCCCCUGAGAUCGUCCCCGCAACCCUGCGCCGGAGCCGCCCAGAGACAGGCAGGCCACGGCCCAAAGGUCUGGAAGGAGAACGUCCUGCACGCCUGACUCGGGGAGAGGCUGACAGGGACACGUACAGGCGCAGCGCUGUUCCACCUGGUGCAGACAAAAAGGCUGAAGCUGGUGCUGGAGCAGCAACUGAAUUCCAGUUUAGAGGUGGAUUUGGUCGUGGACGUGGUCAGCCUCCUCAGUAGAACUUCCUGCUCAUGUUUUGUGUAUAAUAAAAUAGGUGAAAAUGCCA